CACACGUGUCCAUCAUCGCAGGCUUGUGACAAAUGCGUAAACUUCUGUAUAAUUCUGGAUAAAGGUCUCCUAUUGUCUUCGGCCGAGUUCACCUCAUGGAAUAGAUCAUUAUGUCAUCCUUAUAUGUUUCAUUCACUCACACUCAAAACCACAGACAUAAAUAAGGAAGUUCCUUUGUGUGUGUGUGUGUGUUUUUUUUUUUACCGCCAUACAUACAUAAAGCCACAGGCUGAUGACAAACUGAACACAUUCAGCGCAGCCUUCUCACUUCUCAGAUUAGCUUCCAUCAGUGAGGAUCAAGUCUCUUAAUCUCUUUGUCAAGAUGGGCGUCUUUCUCCUCAUGCUCCUGUUCUCCGCUCUGUGCGGCGUUUACUCCGACCAAGGAACCGUAGAGAUUCUCAUGGAUAAUGUCCUGGUCCUGAGGGUGCCUCACCGCGACGACAGGCGGGAGUACGUUCCUCUGACGUGUGGAGGCGCGUAUCAGAAUCAGCCUGUGUUUUGGAAGAAAAAUGGCGUGGAGUUGAGUCCACCUCUGCAGGGGAACCACGUCGAGGUCCUGGUGGAGGAGAUGGACGCUGGAAAUUACACCUGUCACCUGGGUCCUCACGGAGAGUACCUCAACCACACUGUGAUCCUGGUCCAACUUGACCCAGACAACAGGACCGUCAUCCUGGAGGAGAAAUCCCCCGCAGAAGGUCACAUCCACUGUUCGACACCAAAUUACAAAGGCGCCUUCCACUGCACCUGGAGAAGAACGCAGGACAGAUCCAACGCCGCUGUGCUCCUGGUGAAGGCAGAGCGCCAUUUGGAAAAGAUCCCGUGCGUGCUGGAUGCUGAUGGGUCCGGGGUUCACUGUCAGGUGCUGAGCUGUCCAUACAUAGAGGAACAACACCGCAUCUUUCUCACGGUUUACAUCCACAGCUACUCUCGCCUGGAGGCCUACACAAAGGUUUUCUAUCUGCGAGACAUCGUGAGACCACAGAAACUGUCUGACCUGCGCCUGAGUGAUGGGAAGGUGUUCACCUGGAGCUACCCUGACUCCUGGGAAACCCCGCGCACCUACUAUGGCCUGCAGUUCCAGGUCAAACUGGUCAAUCAUGGACAUUCCUGUGACUCUGAAGAGCACAUUGUGCACAACAUCACCGAGGACACAGAGUAUGAAGUCAGCGUCCAUCGUAAGAAGUACGUUUUCUGUGUGCGGGCGCAGGACAAAUAUACUAACGGACCAUGGAGCCACUGGAACCAGUGCGUGGUGAAAAAACAACACGCGGUCUGCUAAUUAUGUUGAACACUGGGCUGCCGUAAAGGACGAAGACAAUGAAGAUGGAUGGAAAUGUUUGUUUUCUCACUCCCAAUUGUUUUCAAAUAAACAGGUUGUGUGCAUUGGGAGGGAAUGUAUACCUGUAUAGUAUUUAUUUAUCAUUCGUUUUCUAUUUAACUAACUUAUAUUGUUAAGACAUAUACUUUCUACCUUUUCUGUUUUUACAUUUCAUA